GAUAGCCAGAAGGGAGAGGCAUGGUUUAUAUAAAACCCAGUCUGGCACAAUCCAUGGAUUUCUUCCUAGGAAAAAGUUAUGAAACUUUUGGCAAACUUUUCAUUGGCUCAAAAGCACAACAGAGUGGUAAAUCAGCCGCUUGAUCUGUGUGGAGCUGAAUCCAAUACGGUCCCCCUGGAAAAAGUGCUAGGAAGAAUGAGGCUGUCCGAAGACGUCUGUUGCCUAUUCCUUGCAGUCCUGCUGGUUGAUCUACUCCCUGAGUCAUCCUGUGGCAACAACCCCCGCUAUGAGAAGUUCCUGAACCAGCACCGAGAUGAGCCCAGGAGCCGCUUCCACGGCCGAUACUGCAACACCCUCAUGGGCAGCCGUGGCCUGACCAAACCCGAGUGCAAGGAGGUGAACACUUUCAUCCACGGCUCCAAGCGGCAGAUCCGGGCCGUGUGUGCCGAAGGAGGGCUUCCCUCGGGAGAGCUGCGGAAGAGCCGGCAGCACUUCAGAGUCACCACUUGCACGCUCCGGGGGGGCUCCACUCGCCCACCGUGCGAAUACAAGGAGAACAUUUCGCCCAGGUACAUUGUCAUUGGCUGCGAAGGCGGCUGGCCGGUGCACUAUGACGAAAGCCAGAUUGUGACCUCUCUUUGAAGCACCAUUGGUAGACCUGAAGGAAUCUCUCUUCCCUGUGUAUUCAUC